AAUCAAUCUAAACACCGUUUGAAAGCCGAAACGUUUGCGGGCAGAGUUGAGGAAGUCGGCAAGACUCUCUUUGAUUAUAUAACAAUAGAGUCGUUUUGCCUAAUAAAAGUAUUUAGUAAUUUCAUAAGUUAGUACUUUAAUUGUACCUACGUUGAGAAUCCAACCUGGGGAACAGAAAAGUAACGGAAAGCGUGAAAACCGCUCCAGAGACGGAACGUGCGCUUCUGUCUUAACUGGAAUAUAAUGGGUGCUGUCUUGGGAGCCUUUUCUAUUGCAAGCUGGGUGCCCUGUCUGUGUGGCGGGGCAUCAUGCCUGCUGUGCAGUUGCUGCCCCAACAGCAAGAACUCCACAGUGACACGAGUCAUUUACGCCUUCAUCCUGCUGAUGGGGACCAUCGUGGCGUGCAUCAUGCUGUCGCCGGGAGUGGACGAACAACUGAAAAAGAUCCCUGGGUUCUGUGAAGAUGGAGCAGGUUCUUCUAUCCCGGGCAUCCAGGCCAACAUGAACUGUGAGAUCUUCGUGGGCUACAAAGCUGUGUACCGAGUGUGCUUUGGCAUGAGCAUGUUUUUCCUGGUGUUCUCUCUGCUCAUGUACAAGGUGAAGAAUAGCCGAGACCCACGCUCCACCAUCCACAAUGGGUUUUGGUUCUUUAAGAUUGCUGCCAUGGUUGCCCUGACAGUCGGUGCCUUUUACAUUCCCGAGGGGCCUUUUACUCACGUGUGGUUUGUGGUUGGUACCGGUGGGGCAUUUCUCUUCAUCUUGAUCCAGCUGGUUCUGCUGGUAGACUUUGCCCACUCUUGGAAUGAGUCGUGGGUGGACAACAUGGAGACAAAUAACUCCAAGGGCUGGUAUGCAGCCCUGUUGGCUGUGACUGUAUUCAAUUACACCGUGGCUCUUGUCGCCGUCGUCCUGAUGUUCAUGUUCUACACCGUUCCGGAGGGCUGCCGGCUCAACAAGUUCUUCAUCGGCUUCAACAUGCUGCUCUGUAUCGUAGCGUCCGUGGUUUCCGUCCUUCCCAGGGUGCAGGAUUCCCAGCCCCGAUCCGGCCUCCUCCAGUCCUCCUUCAUGACCAUGUACACCAUGUAUCUGACCUGGUCAGCCAUGACGAACGAGCCUGACCGGACGUGCAACCCCAGCCUGCUGAGCAUCUUCCAACAGACGCUGGUGCCCACGCCGGCCCCCUUGGAAAUUGAAAACCAGACGGCCGUGUUGAUCAUCGGCACAGAGGAGCCCAGCCAGUCCUCCCCUUAUCUUCAGUGGUGGGAUGCCCAGAGCAUUGUGGGACUGGGCAUCUUCAUCGCCUGCAUCCUCUACUCCAGCAUCCGCACAUCCAACAACAGCCAGGUGAACAAGUUGACCAUGGCCACCAACGAAACCGUGAUCCUGGAGGGGAGUAACACGGGCACCCCGGACGAAGAGUACGGGACGGGGAACGGCGCCAGGCGCGUGGAGGACAACGAGAGGGACGCGGUCCAGUACAGCUACUCCUUCUUCCACUUCAUGCUCUGCCUGGCUUCGCUGUACAUCAUGAUGACCCUCACCAACUGGUUCAGCCCUUACGCGGACUACAACGACAUGAGCAGCAAGUGGCCGGCAGUUUGGGUGAAGAUUUCUUCCAGUUGGGUCUGUCUUUUCAUCUAUACCUGGACCUUGGUCGCCCCCAUGAUACUGCCAUGCCGGGAUUUCAGCUAAAACCAUUUCACUCAACUUCUUUCCCGAUUUUCUAUCUUAUUAUAUUUUACAUAAACACUGACCACGUUGCCUAGAUUUUGUGUGAUUUCCUGCCCAAGACGGAUCGGUUUAGUGUGUCGGAUAUGGCUGUUUUUUCAUAAAACGAUGUGUUUGUACAUUUGAAGCUGAGGGUUUUUAACAUAUCCGCUACUCAGGACCAGAUCAUGCAGACGUUUAUCCUUCAGGUCACAGAGACUUUUUUUUUUUUACCCCAUUUUAUAUAUAUUUUUUACACAUAUUGUCUUGUAGUCUCAGAAAAGCCACAUGUCUGAUCAUUCCUGACCAGGGCCAUUCUGUAUGUGGUAUGAGAAGAAUAAAAAAUAUUGUUGAACCGAUUUUAUAGGUAACCCACGUAUAUAGUGGUGGCAUUAAUGGUUUGAUAUCUCUGACUGGAAUAAUUAUUGUCAAAAGGAUUGAUAUCCUUCACUGUUAUGGGCCUAUUUAUCAUUGUGUUUAAAAAAGUUGUUUGGUAUGAUAUUUGCUCACAUGAUGUUCAGUAAUUGUUUUAUUUGCACUAACAAUCUCAACAUUCCAGGGUUUCAGAUGCAUUCAUUGUAGCCAUCACUGUUUUAAGUUCAGUUGUAAUUCAUUUGUUUCAAAGAUUUAACUUUACAUGAUUUGAUAUUGUAGCUGCUAUGCUGUUCAAUGCCUUACAUAUCUGUAAAUAUUUGUGUAUUGUGAAUUGUUAAAUCCAGAGUGUAGCAUCAGUGUUAGUUGACAAAUACUUUUUUGGAAAGCGUUACACAAUCAACUUCAAGUUAAUAUGCUUCUGCCAAAUAUUUCUUUAUAAUGUUUGUGUCUUCGAGAUUUAUAGAUGUAACAAAACUGAAUGAAUAAACCGGAGGAACUGAAGCAUAUUUUGCACCUUUGUAGUUGUAAGUGGAAAUGCAAAGUGGUCAAAUGAAGGCCAACACAAGCCUACGUGUGGACUACUCUGGUUUUUGCACUUUUGUGAUCUGCAUUUCGGCAUUAAAGCUCAAUGUACAUUCA